CCGGAGCGCGCCCCGCCCGCCCGGCUGGCCCGCUCACGCCUGGCCUGCGGGAACCCUGGGUGCUGCGGGGCGCGCGGGAACGUCGCCCUCCCCCGCUCUGCGGCCGAGGCCACCCGAGCUCAAGGGGACCGGCCGGGAGUUCCGGAACCCUCUUCAGCAUCACCGGGAGCCCGGAUCCGGCGCGGGCGGGGCCGCUGGACAUCAGCAGGCCGAGGGAGGGACCCGGGCGGACUUCCAGGGUUACCUGACCCCGUACUGAGCUGGAGGGCCGCGGCCUUGGCAGUGAAAGCGGCAGGACCCCGGGCCGGGGUGUAAGGGAGGGGCUGCCCCAGCCUCUUCCCGGACCCGCGCAGAUGGCAUUUCAAGCGGGGAAGCUGGGCCCAGAGGCGGUGGGCAUUCCGGGGUCCCGCUGCAAUAUUCCAAAUUGUACCAGGACCUCAGGACUUUCCCAACCCGGGUGGGUAAGGAGAGGAAUUCCCAUCUCCCUGUUGAUCAGAGCUGGGAGCAGAUAAACUUUCAUUUAAGGAAGUAACAAUAACAUUUCUUGUAACCCGUGU